AGCACUCAGAUAUUCUGCCUUACCCCUGCAAGGGCAAAGGCCAUUCUGCUCUGAUCACUCCUGCCACCAGAUCAACCUGCCUUCAUUAAAGGAUAACCAGAUCAAACAAAGCCUCUGGCUUCUCAUUUGAAAGAGUGCAGCAAACCACACCAGGGUCGCACCAGUAUGCAGAGCAGACUGACCUUUCGGGUAACAGUCUUAGACACAGUGAAGGAAUGAAGCAAGUAAUUGUUCUGUAGACCUUCAACUCCUUUCUAAGCCAGCCUUUUUGGAGCAAGAAGCCAGGAACUCAGGUGCCCUGCUUCAAGCCUUUGUGUUGCAAAACAGAUUUGAAGGCUCUCUACGUCAGAAGAGACAUCUCUAAGAAUCCUGGCACAACUAAACAAGAGUUUCUUGAGCUUUUGUUGCUUGUCUCCGUGGUGCAGAUGGAGCCCUUCUCUGCGGGUGUGAUGGUGGCAGUGCACCUGGUCCUGCUGAGCCUGGCCAUCGGGAGCAGCCAGGGAUGCUACUGUGAGCAUUAUCCCUGGGUGCCGUGGUCUGCCUGCUCACAGACCUGCAAUUAUGGCACACAGAYCAGGCACAGGCUUCCAGUACUACAUUGGUUCCAUCCUCCACAUGGCUGUGACCAGCUGUGUGCAAAGCAAGAAUCUCGUGCAUGUAACCAGCAAACGUGUCCUAUCAACUGUCAGCUUGGAGACUUCGGCCCUUGGUCAGAAUGCGACCCGUGUGUCAAAAAACAAUUUCGUACCCGGCCCCUMCUGCGACCAUCCCAGUUCGGGGGUGAGGACUGCACCGAGCCGCUGGUGGAUUCCCGCCCGUGUUUCCCAACUAAGAUCUGCAACAUAGUGGAAGUUAACUGCAAGAAUAAAUUUCAGUGUGAAAGCGGUCGCUGUAUUUCAAAAUCAUUGGAAUGUAAUGGAGAAAAUGACUGUGGGGACAACUCUGACGAAAGAGACUGUGCAAGGAAAAAGUCUGUGUGCCACCGAAUGUAUGAGCCCAUUCCUGGUGUGCAGUUAAUGGCCAAUGGAUUUCACAUUCUGUCAGGAGAGAGCCGAGGGGAAGUCCUUGGCAACUCAUUCAAUGGAGGAAAAUGCACAACAGUGAAGGGCAAUGUGGCAAGGAAAUUUUAUCGUCUCCCUGCAAAUGUGGAGGCUGUCAGCUUUCAGGUAACAGAUGAYGAGGAUGAUGUAAAAUCGGAUUUCUACAAAGACUUAACUCCCCUGAGUAAUGUCGUUUCUGACAGUAGUUCAUCCGAUYACAGAGGUGAAAGACAUUCUGGUAUCCCAAUUCUUUUUUCAAAAAAUAAAAAGGUCCAAGUUACAUCAUCUUCCUCCUUCAAGAAAGCCAUCAAAGCCUCACGUGAAAAGAAUUCCAACUUUAUUAGAGUCCAUAAAGUAAUUUCUGUUUCAAACUUCACAAUGAAACAGUCAAAUCUGCAGCUCUCAGACGUCUUUCUAAAAGCACUUAACCACCUGCCCCUGGAGUACAACUAUGCUUUAUACAGCAGAAUAUUUGAAGACUUUGGCACUCAUUACUACACCUCUGGGAAGUUGGGUGGCUCCUAUGAUAUUCUUUACCAGUACAGCUCUGAGGAACUGCAGACCUCGGGUCUGACUGUUGAUGAAUCAAAAGAGUGUGUGAGAACAGAAACAUCCUGGCGUGUGUUAUUCUGGAAGAAAACGAAAGUCAGUACCAAAUGCACUGCAAACAAGAUGACCGAGAAACACGAAGGUUCCAUUUUGCAGUCAGCUGAACGAUCAGUCUCCCUGGUAAAAGGCGGCAGGUCAGAGUACGCAGCAGCUCUGGCCUGGGAGAAAAAGGGUGCUUUUCCAGGAAACAAAAUCUUCCAAGAAUGGCUGGAAUCAGCAAAGGACAAUCCUGUGGUGAUUGACUUUGCGGUGUCGCCCAUCGUGGAGCUGGUGCGGAACGUGCCCUGUGCGGUGACCAAGCGGCAGCACCUGCGCAGGGCUCUGCUGGAACACGCGGGGCGCUUCGACCCGUGCGGGUGCGCUCCGUGCCCCAACAACGCGCGGCCGAUGCUCUCGGGGACGCGGUGCCUGUGCGUGUGCCGCGCCGGCACCUACGGCCCCAACUGCGAGAUGCGGGCUCCCGGAUACACGGAAGUUGCUGUCGAUGGACGAUGGGGUUGCUGGUCUGCAUGGAGCCCGUGUGACGCUUCCUUCAAAAGAAGCAGGACCCGGGAAUGCAAUAAUCCCCCCCCAACGAGCGGUGGGAAGCAGUGUGAAGGGCAGGGGAAGGAGGAGGAGGACUGUUCCAUCCCUGUGUUCACAAACAAAGGUGCUCCUUGUAUAAAUGAUGAUGAAUCCAGGAAAGAAGACGAUGUGACUGAUAAACCUGAGUCUGGGUGUUCUAAGCCAGACCCACCAGAAUAUGGCUUUAUCAGGAAUGAGAAGAGCCAUUAUGCUGUGGGGGAGRAAGCUGAAAUCGCCUGUGUGAGUGGUCAUAGCCUUGUUGGCUAUCAGUACCUUCGGUGUCUGCCAGAUCAAACCUGGACACAGGAACAUAUUGAGUGCAAACCCUCAGUAUGCCUCAGGCCACCAAUACCUGACAGUGUCACAAUUUCCCCAUUUAAGCAACAGUACAACAUUGGUGAAACCAUAAAGCUGAGCUGCCAAGCUGGGUUUAUAGUCACUGGUCACACAAAGUAUACCUGUGGGGAAGACCUGUCCUGGAUWCCUCCUGUUUCGGGGUCUAUUAAAUGUGAAAAAGAUGUGCAAAAUGAAAUUAGAGGUAUUUGUAAUCCCGGACAAAAGCAGGUUGGAUCUCAGUGUGUUUGUAUGUCUCCAGAAGAAGAUUGUGGCCACUACUCAGAAGACAUCUGUGUUCUACAUGCUGUUUCUGAACAGAAUGUGACCAUGCCCAGCUGCCAGUACUUAGCUGAAAUGUGCCUCGGGGUGCAGCCAUUUCAUUUCUUGCAUGCUGGCCCUUGCCAUGGUAAUUCCAAACUAGACUGGGCUAUUGAGAGGGUGAAGCUCUCUACAAAAAGCUUGAACACAGUGCCCUGUGGCUAUGACACCUGCUAUGACUGGGAGUACUGUCCAGAGGCACAGACYCAGUGCACCUGCCUCCUGCCUUACGAGUGCCCCAAAGAUGAGAUCCCCUCUCACUGCAUCCGAAUGGAGGUGACAUCGAAGAAGAGGACAGUCAGCCUUUGCAUGCUGGCAGCCAUGAAGUGUGCUGGCUUCAAGCUGGAGGUGCUGGAGCUCGAGAGCUGCCAGGCACCACCCUCUGGCCCUCAAACACUGCACUGAAUGCAGGCUGAACCACCCAUAGGAAAACUUGGUUAUGAAAGGAUAACUAGAUCAAAACCAAAGGAUGAGGGGAAAAAAGCCCACAGAUCACUUAACAGCUUUUUGGGAGMAGGGUGGCAGUGAGUUUUUUUCCUGUCUGGAAAUGACUUGGGCUCGGGGGUAAAGGGGCUGCUUGUCUUUGCUGGCAGCUCUGGGGAUGUGCAGGGGAAGGGAGGGAAACAGAGGGGAAGGGAGWAAAAGAAACAUUGCCUUUGGUCUCCGCUAGAGCCAGAUGAGAUUUCUCCUUUUCUCAGCCAUUUGUUGUUUUGUCCUUGUGCUUGMAGCUGCUGUGCACUCUUGUCUCGCUGGCUGAGUCGUUCUGUACCACGCAGGCAGGCAGAGCGGGCACUUGAGUAUCCAAUGGGGAGGGGGUAGCAGGGGGUUAUCUGAACUCAUGGAGCAAAUGCAAUGAGCAACACGAAACACUGAGAACCACAAUUAUGCAAUGAUUGCCAGAAUUCUUCAAAAUUGUGUGAUAAUUGUAAUAGCUGAAAGGAGAAGCUGUUUGCUUUCUGUGUUUGUUGGCUGGGUUUGAGCUUUAAGCAUUGAUGGGGAUAUUUUAUGGACCCCUCAAGGGGAAUGAAGCACGYGUUUGUACUUAAAUAUAUAAAAGAAACAUUUAAUGAACAAUACACUGGACAGAGUCCUGCUGUAA